AUGGAUGGUCUUCUUCCCUGGGAUGCUUCUGAAUUUGCCACCAAUAUGCCUAUCUUGUGGAAUACCCACCAACUAGACAUUGAAGAGGAAGCAGGCUACUCCAUGCCUCACUUGGAUUAUCAACCAGCUCAAACAGCUAUAGAAGAAACAUGGAACUUCAACAACAAUGCUAUUUCAGUUUCCCCGGGCGAAUCUCAGAAAAGUAAUAACGCUUCUGCAACUUCCAAUGGUAGCAGAAAGAACAAGGACGACGUCGUUCUAUGUAAUGUCAGUGAAAUUGAAGAGGCCAUCUCCCGGAGCACUUCAUCACGUCCAUGUGUCGUCGUCAAUAAUAUUUCAGAACCUAACAAGCCCAAUCAUGCAAAAAAGAGUUUUGGGCUUGUUUCAUCAUCGUCUUCUUCAAACAUAAAUUUUCAGCAGCCAAACUCAAGCAUAUCAUCUAAUUCCAGUAGUAUUGGCCAAGAGCCUGAUCAAGAGGCUAUAGCAUUAAUGAAGGAGAUGAUAUAUAGGGCUGCGGCUUUCAGGCCUGUGAACUUAGGUUUGGAGGUAGUGGAAAAGCCCAGAAGGAAGAAUGUGAGAAUAUCGACAGAUCCACAGACUGUGGCAGCAAGGCAAAGGAGAGAGAGAAUAAGUGAGAGGAUUAGGGUUUUGCAGAAGAUAGUGCCUGGUGGAAGCAAGAUGGACACAGCUUCAACGCUUGAUGAAGCUGCAAAUUAUCUAAAGUUUCUCAGGUCACAGGUCAAAGCUUUGGAAAGUCUAGGGGACAAGCUUCAUUAUUCUAUGAACUGUACCCCUCUCUCUUUUACAAACCCUAGUCAUCAAUAUUACUUCAGCAAUACCAUACCAUCCCUCCAAUUUAGGGAAGGAGAGUUAACUAGGGUUAAAACAUGGGGUCAAAUCCAUAAUCUUCAAUGA